AUAUUCCAGUUACAAAAACAUGUUGUGUUACGUUAUCAUGUAUAUUAUAAAUUGUGUUAAACAGUUUCUAUGUUUAAUAUUCUUCCUCUAUAUAAAAUUAUUUGUGAACAGACCCAGAAAGUCAAGAAAGAAGAUGACCAAAGGAAAGAAAUCUGAAAAUAAAGUGCCUAAGGAGGGAAAAGUGUUGAAUUUUCACCAUCUCGUGUUCAGAGUGGCUAAUGCUAAAACGGCGUCAAGCUACUUCGUGACGCGGUUCGGAUUCCGACCGUUCGCCAUUCGCGAGUCCAGCGACUCUGAACCUGUGACCACCAUUGUUGUGAAACUUAAUAAGAUAACAAUCGCCUUCGAGUCACCAACAACUGUGAACUCCCCGUUGGCCCCCGAUUUGUCCCUCCACGGAGACUUCGUGAAGGAUGUGGCUUUCCUGGUGGAGGACUUGGACGCGCUGGUGCGGGGGGCCAAGCAGGGGGGCGCGGAGGUACAGGGGGUGAAGGAGGAGGCGGACGAAGGGGGGGUGGUGAGGUAUGCGGUGCUGAGGACGUAUGGCGAUAACACGCACACACUAAUCGAUCGCAGUAAAUAUAAUGGAUUUUGGUUACCCGGCUUCAAACCUUUGGAAAGUGAUCCUUUAGACCAAUUACUUCCGGAGACGAACUUAGAGUACAUAGACCACGUGGAAGGCAACGUGGCAGACGGGACCCUGGAGGAUUCCAUAGCCUGGUACGAGAAGAACCUGAAUAUGCACAGAUUCUGGUGCAUCGACUACACCCAUGAUCUAGUACCCUACUCGUGCAUUAACUCCGCUUCUGUCAUCAACAAACACGACAAUGUUCUCUUAUCAAUGAACGAAGCGGCCAAGGGUCUCAGGCCGACGAGCAAAGCCAGCGAGUUCGUGAAGGCGCACGGCACGUCGGGCGUGGAGCAUGUCGCCUUGUAUACCGACGAUAUCAUAGCCACUAUCCGAAACCUGAAAGCUCGUGGCGCGGAGAUCCUGGCAUUCCCGCCGACGUACUAUGACGUCAUCCGAGAAAAGCUGGCCGGGAGCUCCCUGAAGGUCUCCGAGACCAUCGACGAGCUGCAGGAGAACUGUGUGCUGAUAGAUUUCGACGAAAAGGGCUACAUGCUGCAAGCGUUUACCAAGCACGUGCAAGCGCGCCCCACUCUGUUCCUCGAGAUUCUACAGAGGAGGAAUCACAGGGGUUUUGGAGCCAUGAAUUACAAAUGGGUGUUUGAAGCCAUCGAACGCCUGGACGCUCAGAAGACAACAGAAUUGUCCGAAGACCAGAAGACAACAGAAUCGUCUGAAGACCAGAAAACUGAAGAAUAA